AUGCACUUGAACAACAUCUUCUCCACCCUCGCAACCACCGCCUCCGCAGUCAACGCCAUGGGCAUAAACUGCCAAGGCAGCGCCCUCUGCGUAGGCAGCAACGGCGAACUAUCCUCUGCCCUCGACCAGCUCCGAGGAAUGGACCAGAACCAGCAGUUCACAGACGGACAGCACAUCACCUGCGUCGGGUCUCCCGUCAGCCUCGGCAACCCUUCGCUGUGCCUCUUCUACCAGAAGACGGGGCGGUCGUGGACAGUCGCCCAGACUGUCCGGUUUGUCCAGGCUCUUUUGGACCACGGCUGCGAAGGUUGUGGCAGCAUCCCUGUGGAUUCAGGCAACAAUGUGCAGAACGGCAUGCUCACUGCCAACAUGGUGGCCGCUAUGGGCGGGCCACCUCCGUCUCGUCGUGGCAUGGACAUAGUCAGGGCGGUCUCUCAAAAGGAAAAGCCAGCCGACGAAAACGCCGCCAUCAAGAAGAGAGGCACCACCACCACCCCAAGCCUCGCAAAGCGUCUGGGCAUCAACUGCCAGGGUAGCUCUACAUGCCAAGUAGGUGGCAUCUUCAACACACCCGCGGGAACUCUGGACGACCUCGGCAACUCCAUCGCCGGUGGCCCCGACGGGCUCUGGGGCGACGGACAGCAGAUCGGCUGCAUCGCGCAUGUCACUGGCCGGCUCUGCGCAUUUUACCAAAACCGUGUCUGUGGGAGUGUUCCGACUAAUGAUGGCAAUAAUGUUGUUAAUGGCCAGUUGACUGUCAACUACGUUGCCUAA